GGGAAUGGAUAGUAAAUGGUGAAAACCACUCCUUCGACUCUCGAUCGGAGUCUCUGAACCUUUCCCCUUCACUCUUUCAUGGCGACGCCCCCAGAGAGCGAUCCAAACCCUAGACUCGAAGAAGAGAAAGUAGAAAAAGGCGAAGAAGACGACGCCGCACGAUCCCAAGAGACCGGCAAUGGAGGCGACGCCGCCGCCGCCGAAGGCAAGGAGGAUGACGACGGAGAGGAGGACGAAGAGGUCGAGGAGGAGGAGGAGGAGGAAGAGGAGCCCUUGAGCAGCCCUGCUGCGGCCACCGCCGCGGAGAGGGAGAAGCUGAAGAGCGUGCUUCGCCGCAUGUCCGCCGAGCCCGUGCGCCUCCGCGUCCACGACGUGGUGAUCAAGGGCAACAGCAAGACCAAGGACGAGCUCAUCGAGGCCGAGGUGCUCGGCCUCUUCCGCAGGGUCUCUACGGUGCAGGAGCUCGUCCAGGCCGCGGGGAUCGCCAACGCGCGGCUCCGCCACCUCCAAGUGUUCGACGCUGCGUCCGUAACCCUAGAUGCGGGGCCGCCCGAGCUCCCUGGGACGGCGAAUGUGAUCAUCGAGGUUGUCGAGGCCGCCAAUCCGGUCACCGGGAGCGUUGGCGUCUACUCCAAGCCAGAGGCUAGAUCUUGGUCACUUGAAGGAUCAGUGAAGUUUAAAAAUCUCUUUGGAUAUGCGGACAUCUGGGAUGCUUCUGGAUCUUUUGGGUGGGAUCAGACAUCAGAGAUAAGUGCUGGAUUAUCCCUACCCAGAUUUAAAGCAAUAUCUACUCCUUUGAUGGCUAGAGUGUCGUUACUGUCUCAAGAUUGGUUGAAGUUCUCCUCAUACAAGGAACGCCUUAUGGGCCUUUCUUUUGGUUUGAUUUCGACAAGACACCAUGACUUGGCUUAUAAUCUUACUUGGCGCACCUUAACUGAUCCGUCACGCUUGUCAUCCAAUUCAAUUAGGAGGCAGUUAGGGCACAGUCUUCUCUCUGCAAUAAAAUAUACAUAUAAGAUCGAUCAGAGGGAUUCACAUCUGAGGCCAACUAGAGGGUAUGCCUUUCUAUCUUCUUCUCUAGUUGGUGGUCUAGGAGACAGCAGGAGCGUACGAUUUUUUCGGCAGGAGUUUGAUUUUCAAGCUGCUUUGCCUCUAGGGUUUUACAACUCAGCUAUCAAUAUUGGUGUGGCAGCUGGUGCCAUCAUGCCGUGGGCAACGAAUUUCAAGGACUUCACCUCACCGCUACCAGAAAGGUUUUACCUGGGUGGCCAUAUUUCUCCUGUCUGCAGCUUGGGAGGCCCAUCCUCCUUGUUGGGCUUCAGAACAAGAGGGCUAGGCCCGACAGAGCCCCGAAGGCUUAUCCCUACCCAAUCUGAUAAAGAUGAGCCCCCCGCUUCUCCAGGAAGAGAUGUAUUAGGCGGUGAUCUUGCCGUCACAGCCUUUGCCGAUCUAUCCUUUGAUCUUCCUCUAAAGAUUUUCAGAGAAGCCGGAAUACAUGGUCAUAUGUUUGUGUGUGCUGGAAAUCUUGCGAAGUUGAAUGGUGAUGAGCUCAAGAAUUUUUCGUUCUCCCAUUUUGUCCGGAACUUUAGGAGCUCUGCUGGGAUUGGUAUAAUCCUGCCAACCAAAUUUUUCCGAGUUGAGAUAAACUACUGCUACAUUUUAAAGCAGUUUGAGCAUGACCGUGGAAAGACGGGAAUACAAUUCAGCUUCUCCUCCCCGUAGGUAAAAGUUCUUCAACCAUAAAAAUGCUUUCUCAAUGAGGCCUUAGAUGAAACUAUGUAUUAAUUGAGCCCUCAUAAAAAAAAUCUUGUUGAGCCCUCAUCAAAGAAUCAAAAAACUUGUUUUUCUCUUUUGCUAUUUUUGGUUUUUCAACAUGGGGAGUAUAGAGAAAAGUAGCCGCGGCUGAACAAUAUUAUCCACAUUUGGGUGGAAGAAAUUUUACUUUAUGUCUUGCAGUUUGCAUUUAAUUCUUGCCUUCUGACGAGGCAUCAACACUAUAUUUGCGAUGAAUAAGCAUCUGUUGUCCAGCAAAUUCUCUUCUUUGACUCAACUUACCCUUUUUUUCA